CAACCUUGACACAAUAUAAAUACCGACGCCGUUUCUCUCCUUCUUCUGUUUAACCAUGAGUGAAGAUAUCGGAAAACCUAAAGUGCUUAUUGUUGGAACUGGCGCCCUGGGAUGUACAUAUGCAUGGAGAUUGGCACAGAAUGCCGAAGUAAUGACAGUUUGUCGCUCUAAUUUCGACGUGGUCAGCCAACAUGGAUUCACUAUCACUUCAGCCAAAUGGGGAAGUGGCGAAUUCCGACCUACAAAGGUGUUCCGCACCACCAGCGAAGCAGCCGAAGUAGAGUACGACUACAUCAUUGUUACAAUGAAAGCUUUACCCGACGUGUAUGAUGUUGGAGAAAUUAUUAGACCAGCCGUGACGAUCGGUAAAACAUCCAUCGUCCUCAUUCAGAACGGUAUUGGCAUUGAGGAUUCUCUGGCUGAGGCAUUCCCUAACAAUGUAUUGAUAUCUGUCGUGGCAUAUAUUGCAACAUCCCAAAUUUCUCCUGGAGAGAUUAAAAUGAUGGGAGACGAAAACCUUGUUAUGGCAGAAUAUCCGGUAUCAACAGAGAAUGGAAAGCAGCAAGCCGAUCGAUUGAUGGACCUUUUCAAAAAAGGGGAUGUUUCUAUCCAAACCGUACCUGAUAUUGAGCUGCCGCGAUGGCAGAAGCUUAUAUUGAUUGCUCCUACAGCUUCUCUAUGUGUCACAACAGACAUGGAUACGCACGGAGUGAUUUCCAACCCUAUGACAGCGGAAUUGUUCAAAAAUGUAAUGCAAGACGUUGCUAGGGCCGCCGUCUCUUACGGAUAUGAAUUCGAUGUUGAUGAGCUACUUGCGAAACAAUACAACAGAGUAGCCAAUAUUGGACCUGGAUAUCGACCAUCUAUGCAUUUGGAUGCCAUACGAAACCAGCCAAUGGAAACUGAGGUCAUUCUCGGUAACCCGGUACGACGAGCCAAAGCUAAGGGUAUUAGUGUUCCUUACCUAGAGACAAUGUACACUAUAUGCGCCACCAUGAAUGCCAAAAAACAAGGAAAAGAAAUUAAAUAAAAGUGCAAAAGUUGGUAACUGUCAACAUAUUCAUUACGAG